UCUUGUCAGUAUUUCAGAUGUCCUUUUCGGGCCUGCUGAGUCGACCGAACUACGCCUUCGUCUAAUUAAAAUGCCUGGAAGAUGUCUGAAGACGCUCCUUUUAUUGAUGGUGAAGUUAGUAUAUGGAUUAUCAGGAGAUAUUGUCGGAAAUGUUGGAGAAAGUUCAAUUCUUCCUUGUGUUUCACAAGACUCCAGUUCAGGGAAGCAAGUAAAUCUGCAAGAAAUUAAUUUUGCAUGGAAGAAAUUACCAAAUACUGAUGUGCUUGUUUUCUCAGAGGGAGAAGAGAUUGUAGACCCUGGGUAUGCAGGGCGUGUUAAUCUAUUUAAGGAUCAACUAGCUCAUGGAAAUUUUUCACUGUUGUUUUUAAAUAUAAAGAAAACAGAUGAAGGUGAUUAUAGGUGUUACCUGCCUCAAGGACAACCAUCACAGGAUAUUAAGUUCACUGUUAAUGAAAAGGAAAGAUUCACCGGAGUUACUGAAAAAGGCAGGACUUCAGGAGAAGAAACUGGAAAUAGUGGUGCAAAUUUAAUGCCCCAGAAAUAUGUAGCCUUCCUCAUUUCUGUAUUGUUUCUACAUCACUAUGUGGAAUGAAUAUGUUAACUUAGUACCACUCAAAACAAAAUGUAUCAUUUUGCUUCUAAUGUACAGUUUAUUCAAAUUCAGGGUGUUGCUGAGCAACUCAAGAACAUUCCUAGAAACUGUGUUUCCUAACUGCUUUUAAAUAAAAUGUGAAUUAGAAAGAUC